ACGUCGCUGCCCGCGUUGCUGCAGCGGCAGCUGCUGGCCACAAGCGAUGAAGCGAUGAAGCGAGGGCGCGCUACAAGAAUUACAAUUACAACAACAAUUACAUGGAGCAGACGCAGCGCCAACAAUAGCGGCAGCGCAAGCGUGCCCAGUAUUUUAGUAACCAGUAUUCUUACUCAACCGAGCGAUCGUCAAUAUGAGAGAGAGCAUGUGAAAAAGAGCUCGUGAGAGCGCCAGCCGACGCAACAGUUGAAGUUGCAUUUGAAGUUGGAGCCAAAAGAGAGUAUGAGUAUGAGUGUAUGGGAGAGAGAGAGCAUUCGGCUUUGUGUGCUCGUAAGGUGCACAAUUGUGCGCGCUCGAGGAUCGUGCAGUCUGUGUAUUAGUGUCAAGCGAGACAGACGUAUUUCGGCAUGCGCUGCUCUGAACGCGUCUAGCUCAAUUUCACGUCUUUUGUUGUUGUGCGUGUUUAGUUUGCGCGAAUAAGAAACUGCAGUGUGCAGCUGCCCGCGUCGCGCUACCCACUCCCUGCUCCUUUGCCCACCUUUGCCGCCCACGCGUGUGUGCGCUGGGCUUAUCUGGCCGUCAGAAUCGGUAGCUUGUUUGUUUUUGUUGGCUCAGGCUACCUACAAAAAAGAGAAAAAAAAAAAGAGUAGAAGGAGGGAAAAAACGGCAGCCUUCCAGCCGUCCAGGCUGUCAGGCAUUAAGCGCUACAUGCGCAAAAUAAAUAAGAAGAAAUAGUUGACCAGUUUUCCCGUCUCCUUCGGCUUGAGUGUGUGAAUGCGUGCGUCUGUGUAUGUGUGUGAGUGCAGCAGAAGUAAAAGUGGAAAACGCGCAUCAAUUAUUUUAAAUGCUCUCAAAAUAUCUGCACGAUUCGCCCCACAGUGCGACAAUUUCGCGUCAAAUGAAGCGCAGUGGCUACAAAAAAUGCAGCAAUUAAUGUGACGCGUUAAAUUUCCCACUUGGCCAACUCUCAUUGAGCUUUUCCAAAUACCAAAUAUCGAGUGUAAUGCCAACCAGUUUCCACUUGCCAGGCAGCCAUUGAACCAAAUUAACUGCACAUAAAGAUUUGUACUAGAUGCUGUCACAACAAAAACAACAAAAACAACAACGACAAGGAGUCCAAGAGAAAUAAACAAGAAUUUGCUUGAUUUAUGUGUGAUUAGGAAAACGCGACAGAAAAUCCAAUAAAUUAUAGCAACAAUAAUAAUAAAGAGUAAAGUAUAAAGUGUAAAGAGUAAAGAUAGAAAUAAAUAAAAGGCUGCGCCUGCGCUUGGCUUCACCUCAAGUCACCUUCAGCGCCUUUUUUUGUUGGCAAAUUAAUAGGAAAUGUGUUGAAAUCCUAAUUUAUGUGUGUGCACAAAUACCUACCUACAUAUGUAUGUUGAUAUACAUCAGUGUGUGUGUGUGUGUUAAAUAUAUUUGUGAAUGCAAAUCAAGCGAAACAACAAAGCCGAUAAGCGUCUCAGCAAGGAUUUUAAUAUGGAUACCACAAAUCAAAUGCAUUUGGAGCUCGAAAGGCCCAUAAGUCGCACUCCACUGACGCAGAUCUCCUAUCUGCAGAAGAUACCUACGUUGCCGCGCCACUUCUCGCCCAGCCAGGCCGCGGGCCCUCUGAGCACACUUGUUGGCCUGCCCAGCAGCUCAUCGGCGGGGGCUUUGUAUGGGGCGCAGAAUGCGGGCAUGUUGCCCACAUCGCCGGUGCCGUUGCAGCGGCACCAGCAAUACCUGCCGCCGCACCACCAACAGCUGCCGAUGCUGCCGCCAACUGUUGGCCAGGCCAAGUAUACGAAUGCCCACCAACAACAGCCGCAUCAGCAACAGCAACAGCAACAGCUCCAGCAGCAACAUCAGCCGCAUCAGCCGCAUCCGCAGCAGCAACAUCAUCAACUGUCGCCGGCGCUGUCGACACCGUCGCCGCCUUCACUGCUGCACCACCCGGCAGUCAACUGCGGCUCCUCUGCCUCAUCGGCGGCAGCAGCAGCGGCGGCGGCUGCGCAUGCGCCCUUCCUAGCCGGUCCGCACAUGCAGGACAUGCAACGGCAAUCGCACUCGGACGAUGACAGCGGCUGUGCGCUGGAGGAAUACACCUGGGUGCCGCCCGGCCUGCGACCGGAUCAGGUUCGCUUGUAUUUUUCGCAAAUACCCGACGACAAAGUGCCAUACGUCAACAGUCCCGGCGAGCAAUAUCGUGUGCGACAAUUGCUGCAUCAACUGCCGCCGCAUGAUAACGAGGUUCGUUACUGUCACUCACUGACGGAUGAGGAGCGCAAGGAGCUGCGCCUGUUCUCCACACAGCGCAAGCGUGAUGCACUUGGACGCGGCAACGUGCGACAGCUGAUGAGCGCACGUCCAUGCGAUGGCUGCGACGAGCUGAUUUCCACCGGUGACAUUGCGGUCUUUGCCACGCGCCUUGGCCCCAACGCCAGCUGGCAUCCGGGCUGCUUUACGUGCUGCAUUUGCCGCGAGCUGCUCGUGGAUCUCAUCUACUUUCAUCGCGAUGGCCGCAUGUACUGUGGCCGCCAUCAUGCCGAGACGCUCAAGCCGCGCUGCUCAGCCUGCGAUGAGAUUAUCCUGGCGGAUGAGUGCACUGAGGCCGAGGGACGUGCCUGGCACAUGAAUCACUUCGCCUGCCACGAGUGCGACAAGCAGCUGGGCGGCCAGCGAUACAUUAUGCGCGAGGGCAAGCCCUACUGUCUGCUCUGCUUCGAUGCGAUGUUCGCCGAGUAUUGUGACUACUGCGGCGAGGCGAUUGGCGUCGAUCAGGGCCAGAUGAGCCACGACGGCCAGCACUGGCAUGCCACCGACGAGUGCUUCUCGUGCAACACCUGCCGCUGCUCGCUGCUGGGUCGCGCAUUCCUGCCGCGACGUGGCGCCAUCUAUUGUUCGAUUGCCUGCAGCAAGGGUGAGCCGCCCACGCCCUCGGAUAGCUCCGGCACUGGCAUGUACACCACGCCCACGCCGCCGGCGCAGCGCAUCCGGCCGCAACAGACGCGCAUACCCAGCAGCCACGCCUCCAGCUCACCGCCCAUGUCGCCGCAGCAGCAGCAACAGCACCAGGCGAGCUUCAACCAGGCCAUGUACCAGCUGCAGAGCCAGCAGCUGGCAGCCGGCGUGAGUAUUAGCGAGAUGCCCAAGCAGAGCUACGCCACCUCCGAUUCGGAUGCGGGCGUGGUCAAGGAUCUGGAGCAGGCUCAUCGCGACUUUCCGGACUACGCCAGCUCGCAGAAUAUGUCGCCCGGCGACUUCCAGCCGAAUCUGAUGCCCAAGCCAAUGGAACUGCAGCGCGAUGGCGUCUACAACUUCAACGAGAUGGCCACCAAUCUGGACGCCGCUUGGCCGGCUAAGCCGCCCCUGGGCGCCACGCAUAGCUACCAGCUGCAGCGGCAGCUGCAACAGGUCACCAAAAUGGACAACUCCAUCACGUCCAGCAUGCCCGAGCUGGGCGUGGCCGGAGCCCAGCACAUGGCACAACAUUUCGCACAGCAGCUGCCGGCACCGCCGCUGCACGCCUCCGCUCAGCAAUUCCAUGCGUCGCAGCACGAGUAUGCAGACAUCAUGCAUCCGCCGCCAGUCGGUGAGCUGCCCGAGCUGCCGACUCCGAACCUGAGUGUGGCGUCCACGGCGCUGCCGCCGGAGCUGAUGGGCUCGCCCACGCACUCUGCGGGCGACCGAUCGCUGCAGACGCCCCAGUCCACGCAGUCGGCCACGCAGCCGCCGACGCAUCCCGUUUCGAUCUUGAGCGGCGCCAGCUCCUCCUCACCCAUGAGCGGGGAGCCGGGCAAGAAGAAGGGCGUGCGCUUCGAGGGCAUACCCGACACGCUGCCCCGCUCGCGCAGCUACUCGGGCAACGGGGCAGGCACUAGCGGAGCUGGGGAACGGGAUAGAGAUAGAGAGAGAGACAGGGACAGGGACAGGGACAGGGAUCGGGAUGGCAAUCGGCAGGGACAUGGACAUGGGCACAGUUCGAGGCGUCGUCGUCGUCGCAAGUCCUCGAGCCAUCAUCGCAGCGGCAGCGGCCAUCGUUCGCAUUCGACAACGCGCGCCGAUACCUAUGCGCCGGCCCAGCCGCUGUCCUCCUCCUACCAGGGUCCGCCCUCGGUGCUGCAGGUGGCCGAGCAGGAGGCGGCGCACAGAUCGCCGCGCCAGCAACGCGAACGGGAACGAGAGCGGGAGCGGGAGCGAGAACGCGACAGGGAAGAGUCCGAGGAAUCGGAUGUCUGCUCCACCUGCUCAUCCAGUUCGUCCAGCUCCGAGGACUACAUGAUGAUGUACCAGCUGCCACAGAGGCGACACUAUGGCGGCGUGCGCGUCAGCUAUGUGCCCAACGACGCGCUGGCCUACGAUCGAAAGCGCAAGCCCGCCGAGCUGGCUGGCGACAAGGACAAAAACUGCAUCAUCUCGUGAUCCAAGCCGGAGGGCAUUUUAAUUAGCGCUGAUUGCGCGCGCGCUUCCUCCUAAUAAAUGAGCUCUGCCCCAAGCACGAAUUGCUAACGAAGCAACAACAGCAGCAACAGCCACCAGGUGGCCAUCAAUUUACAGCACACACACACACGCACACACA